CCAGGGGGCGCCGCGGGAAGAAGCGACCUCCGACGGUCGAUUAUCGCGGAGGGAUCGGGAUAGUAGGAAAGCGAAAGAAGAAUGAGGCACCCCAUGUUCUGGGCUCGAACCGUUAUGGUGAAGGACGGAAAGGUGGAAGAGGCCAUGAGGCUUCUGAACAGGAUUCUGGGACAGGAGGGAAUCUUCGACAUCUACAGAAGAACACGUUACUACGAGAAACCCUUCCAGACCAGAAGAAGAGUCAACUUCGAGAUCUGCAAGGCCAUCUACAACGAGGACAUGGCCAACAAGAUCGCCUUCACUCUCAGAACCAACAGGACCGAUCCCUGGCCCGGACGCUAGUUGCUGUCCGCCGAAAAAUUAAUUCGAGUGUAAAGUCAGCCGACGGCCGGGUUCUUCCGAAAAUUUACAAACGCCGCAUUUUGUAGUUGUCGACAAAAGAAUUUUUAAUGUCGUUUUUCCUUUAACAACGGGACUCUUAGUCGACCGCGUUUUUCGGUUACAGCCGAAAUAUACAACUACUGUUUGUAUUUUUCCUACUUUAGUUUGAAAAUAAAGCGCUGUCAUCUGACUUACUGUGAAAAA